AUGACACUUGGAAAAUAUGAACGUCUCCGACAGCUGGAGUCCUUAAAUGACCAGAACAUCCCAUUUUUGACGGAAGACGUGGAUGCUACUAAGAUAGAACUCGGAAGGGCUCGCUACAAGCGACUUCGAAAAGUCUUAGUCGCUCAGUGGGUUGCAAUAUUGUUCCUCUGCAGUGUUAUACUGGUGGGAUCCUUGCCCAUUUCGAAGAUCAAUAAAUACUAUAUCCCAGAUGAGAUAUAUUCUCCCGCCCAGCAUAUUGUGCGAUAUCACAACAUAGCCUUCAACCCGGCAAAUCCAAAAUCUAAGUCAAAGUAUAUGGGGCCUCCUACGGAUGAGAACAACAAGGCAUGGAGGGAUUUAUAUGACGCCGGCAUGAGUGCCAUCCCGAUGGAAGAUGCUGCCAAGCUAGUCAACUCGACAGCUCCCAUUCCAGGCGCGCCGGGGUAUUAUGACACACUCCGCACAACAGUAUGGGGCGUCCCCAUGCAGGAACACCACGCACACGGUACCCAAGAUGACAUCUCCCUAGGGCCGCUUCACCUUGACCAUUGCAUCGACGCCCUCCGCCAGAGUAUUAUGUGCUCAUCCGACAUUAGCCCAGUUGUAUAUUCAUGGAACGAAGCUGCGCAAAGGGUCAAAGGCUAUUCGGGUACGGUACAUACUUGCCGGGAUUUUGAAGCAAUCCGACAGUGGGCAAUCGAGCAUCAGGCACCGGAAAUCGAUUACAGUGUUCAUGUACCUGAUCCAUUAAAGGGUGAGAUGUUUUGA